GUGCUAUAAAAGACAAGAUGGAAACUGCUCGAAGAAGUGACAAAUAGAAAAGUUCAAGACAAAAUCCAUGAGAAACCCAAAAUCACUCUCUCACACACACAAUCUUAAAAUCUUGAAGCCCCAAGUAAAUAUUUCCUCAAAAGCUUUUCUUAUCAAAAUCAGAUAGCUUCCACCAAGAGUACUCAAUGGACGCGAAAAUCUCGUCCCAAAAUCAAAAUAACGAAUUACAGGUAUCAACCACCCUUUACCACCAAUUCAAACUCCCAAAUGAUUGGGUCGUCGUGCGACGCUGCCGCAGCAAACGCGGCAACCGCCGUAGCCAUAACGACAAGUAUCACUAUGAGUCUGGGACUGGACAGCGAUUUUGUUCGCUGAUAUCUAUUCAGAAACACAUGAGUGGAGAAACAUCCAAGAGUGCUAAACCUGGCAAUAAAAAAAAUCACUACUUUGAGCCGGAAACUGGGAAGCGAUUCCGUUCCCCGAGGUCUGUUGAGAAAUACCUUACUGAAGGUAAAGAGCACUUAGCUACACUGGAAGCACUAAAAGCAGGAGAUAAUUUUAUUCCUUCCAGAAGCUCCAGUUCUCAGAAGGAACAUGUUUCUAGGAAGAAGGUUGAAACUUCAAUGCUAGAUGCCUCCAGCAUUCCAGCCAAAAUAAAAUGGGUCCUCAGUGGUCCUGGUGGAAUUGUAUGGAAUCCUUUCAUGGACGAUUCUCUGGUCCCGGAAUUCAUAAAGCAAAAGUGGUCCGAGACAUUUGUGUUCUCCAUCAUUGACAGACUUUAAUGUUCUGAGGUUCCAGGUAACUUCUCCCUACAAUAGCUGGGUUUGUGCAGUAUCAGCUCCAUGGCUUUUGAACUGAUACAGGUUAAUUAAAGAUGUGCUGACGGACAGCUGACAGUAUGCUAGUGGAACAGCUUGGAAAUUCACAGUCUGAAAGGGUUAGAGUUUGUCCAUUUGGAGUGUUGAAUGGUUGUAGUUAUAUGAGAUUCCGUAACUUUUUCUUGUGUUAGGAAGGGAGUUGAUGAUCUGUGGAUCCAUGUAUCACAGUUACUGUAGUAACAUGUGCAGAUUUAGGGGAAAAAGGACAAAAACAAAGAAAUCUAUUCUCGAUUCUCAGACUA